AUGAUAGCGAUUUCUUCGCAGAUACGUUUGUUGGUGUGGAAAUCCAGGGGGGAGAUAGAACGAGAAGAAGGAAAAUUACAGGACGCAUUAGAAUCCUUUCAAGCAUGCCUGAAGCUGAUUCCUAGGAGCGCCAAUGCCUUGAAAGAAGUUGCUAAAUGUCUGUUCGAAAUGCGUAGGUUCAAACUAUCCAUGGAAGCUUACUUGGAAGCGGAAUCUGCUUCCCACACACCAGAUUGGCAGAUUUACUAUCAUCUUGGAAUAUGUUUCCUGAAACUGGGCGAUAUCAAUAAAGCCAAAGAGUAUGCUCAUAGAGCAGUUCAAGUCAGCAAACAAGAAUCCUGCUAUGCACUUUUGAUGAAAAUCCUCGUCUCACAAGGAGAUCACAAAUCCGCUAUUGCUGUAGCGAACGCUGCUGUUGAGUAA